AUGAUUUUGAAACUAUUCACGUAUUACAUAAUAUUGCUAACAUUCUUGCGAUCGCUUGCCAGUGCACAAAAUAUCAAUUCUGACUUAACUAAGCUCGAUAAGGAUUUGGAUAAACUCCUUAAAGAUAAUGCCGACAUUACAAAUCCAAGUACACCGGAUGAAAAGGAAUACAAAGAGGAGAGAGAUAAGGUACAGAAAGCCAAAGACUUAGCUGCUGAUUCUGGUGAUACUGAAAAAAUGAAAACCUAUGAGCGGAAGUUGUCAGCUAAAUUGGCAUUUGAAAUUUACAUUGACCGCAGAGAAAAUUUAAAAAUGAGAAUUAAUCAGGUGAUAGAAGUUGCGGAAAAAUCGAACAAAACUCAAAUUGCAGACUAUUUAAAGGCGGCCCUGGAUCAGAUAAAUGACAUUAAAGAGUCUGAGAUAAAAAGAGCUUUAGAGGAUUUAGCUGAAACCACCACUACAACAGGUUCAAUCACCACACAGACACCAGAAAGUUUAAUUAGCCUUUUGACGAAAUUACUUAACUCAGGUGGUUCUUUAUUCUCGCCGAACUUAAUUAAUCAAAUAAUAACAGCUCCUCAAGGAACAAACGAUGCCAUUAGCGAAUUGAAUAAUUUGUUUAAAAAGUUACUUAAAGAAAUUGAUAAUAUUCAAGGUGAUGACGAUUAUGAUGACGACGAUUGGUUUAACUGGCCUGAAUGGAUUCAAUUUUAA